UGGCGUCAUCACAGAGACGGAGUCUUGCUCUCAAAGUGAGCUUCUACAUUGGGCUGUCACAGCCGCAUAGUAGAACCGCUCCACUUCGCCCACCGGCACUCGAGCACCGUAUUUUGAAUUCGAAGAUUUGCCCGUCGGCAACUGUAAAGUUGGUGUACAGAUUACACCAGGCUUUAUUUCAAUGAGCUGUACUGAAUAUUCCAAAGCAGAGAUAGGUGGUGUUUCUUUCGAAACGCUGUUCUUCAGGUUGUCCUCCCCGAUCUAUGUGGUUGCGAAAUUGCAGCAUACAGCCAUCGGCUGCACGAAGCGUUGUUUUAACACACGAGGUCAGACAAAACAAACAUUUAAAGUUCAGCGAAGAAGAAAAAUACUAAACUAAAGCAACAUUUGUUAUUUACGCAUUGGGACGAAGUACCUUUUGAGUUUAUCGAAAGCAAAAGUUUUCGAACUACAUGUUGGAAAGGCAGGAGCGGUUGAAAUCCAGUAGCGGCUACCCUAGUGAAGACACGCAACAACAAAUUAUAAGGGAGACAUUCCACCUAGUGUCAAAAAGAGAUGAAAAUGUCUGUAAUUUCCUAGAAGGUGGCAUGUUAAUUGGCGGAGCAGAUAAUAAACUUAUUUACAGACAUUAUGCAACUUUGUAUUUUGUGUUCUGUGUGGAUUCUUCAGAGAGCGAACUGGGCAUCCUGGACCUAAUUCAGGUUUUUGUGGAAACAUUGGACAAAUGUUUUGAAAAUGUCUGUGAGCUGGAUUUAAUUUUCCAUGUAGACAAGGUUCACAACAUUUUGGCUGAAAUGGUAAUGGGAGGAAUGGUUUUAGAGACUAAUAUGAAUGAAAUAGUAACUCAAAUUGAUGCUCAAAGCAAAAUGGAAAAAUCUGAGGCUGGUCUGGCAGGAGCUCCAGCCAGAGCUGUAUCAGCAGUAAAGAAUAUGAAUCUGCCUGAAAUGCCUCGAAACAUUAACAUCGGAGAUAUCAGCAUAAAAGUGCCAAAUCUGUCCUCAUUUAAAUAGAAAAGCAUAUUCAGCUUCCAAUUUGGAAUACCUUCGAAAAAGGUUUACCAUGUCUACCAAAUUAAAAUAUGUAAUUACUAUUGAAAAGUAUGUCGUGAAAUUUUAUUGAAUUGCACCAGUAAAACAAAAAAAAUGUGCUUGAGAUUUGUUUUAAACCUGACGAGUUUCCUUUGUAGUUUCACAUUUACAUCUACAUUCCGGUGCUCUAUGAAGUGACUUUUAUUGUAUGCUGGCUGCUAUUUAAGAUAACUUAACUUAUUUAAAAUGAUAGUGACUUCAUACAUUCACUGCUAUCAGACUAUUCUUUGUAUAUCUGGAUUCCAUGUAAACAGUAGAACAAACACUGACUUUUUUUUGGGGAUAUUUGUAUUUGUUUAGAAGUCUGUUGAAUAGUGGAGCCAAAGGAAUCUUGUAUGAUAAGUUUUUCAGUUGCAGUGUUAUGAUAGCAUAAAAAUAAAUGGAAUGUGUUUCUAUCAGAACUUAAGAUUGCCAUCCUUUCCAGUCCAGGGCUUGUUGCAGAAUCCAGCUUCAGCAGGAAGUCAGUUAUAAUAAUUUGCUAACUGUAUAUUCAUGAUAAUGUUUGUAUUUAUUGUUAAUAGCAAUAGACUUGGACAAGUUUUAAGGCAGAAAUCGUUGUGGAAUUUGGCAUUAGAUAUAAAAAAAAUUUCUCAUCAGAAUUUUUUUUAUUAUAAAGUAAUAUUUUGCCAUGCCUGGGAUGGAAAGGAUAAAAGCCAUCUUAUUACAAAUAAAUACUGGUUUAUGACCAACACAUGCAUGUUUAUUGUUGUAUGUUUGACCUGUAGGUGGCAUUUAUUUUUAUAUAAUGAAAAUGCUAGUACAUUGAGCACAAUGUUUACUCUAUGCAUUACUUGUACAAAAACUGAACAAUUGUGAAAUAUUCACUGUUUAGAAGUAAAACGUAUAUGUGUCUGGAACAUUACUUGAAAUUAAUGGGAAAACAUUCACAAAUUAUUUGUAGUUAGGUGAGAAAGAAAUUAACAAUACUUAUUGAAUUAAAAUGGAAAGAUUUGAGUGAGAUUUUCAAAGGUAAAAUUUGCAGGGUGUGGUUAUGUUGGCAAUAAUACGGCUUGUAAUGAUUUGCAGAUCUGCAUAUUUGCAACCCAGGAAAAGCAUUUUAGUUCAUUUUAAAUUUAGUUACCGUAGAAUACAACUAAGUAGUGAAUAACUUCAUAUUGUGCAAUAUAGCUUGUAACUGUAUCAUUUUUGUUACAUUGUUAAUAAAGUUGUAGAUACUUUUGCUU